CCUUCUCUAUCGUUUCUUUUUUUUUUCUUUUUCUUCGUGACAUUCGUCAACUUCCUAAGGAAAUAUGAUAUAAUCGUUUUUACAGGAUAAUCCUUGAUUGAUAAAAUUCCAACGAAGUGAUAAGGAUUGAGAAAUAAUGUAUAAUAAAUAAUAUAAUAAGUGUGAUAUAUGAUCGAAAAAAAAAAAAAUAUAAUAGAAAAUUGUUUUUUUUUUAUUGAUUUCAAAGGUUUAUCAAGAAUUGGUUGAAAAUGAUCGAAAAAACGGUGGAGAAAAUUAGAUUGAAAAAUACCAUGACAAAAUCACAAAUAAUAAAAGCAAAGAAACAAUUGAUUCAAAGAGAACAGCUUGGUGAAGAUCUUCGUCCUAUUGAUUUCGAUCAAUUAAAAAUACAACGUGACGAUUACAAAAGAAAAAUCAAACAGAGUGCGGUAUAUAUACUUCAGAUAAAAAAAGUUAUAGGCCAUUAUAAUACGGCAUUGACUAAACACAAACGAAGACUGGCAUAUCUUACAUCUGAAUUCAAUUCGAUUGCAAGAGAAAUUAAUUCUAACAAACUUCAAGCGAAAGAUUUGGAAUCGAAAUGUUUAAUGAACGAAAUUGAAAUAAAACAUGCUGAAGAACAAGUGAAAUCAAUGAAGACAUUGAUGGAAGAAUAUGAAGUGCCAACAAUAUUAGAUUUCAUCAAAUUAAAAAUGGAGAUUCGUACUUUGCAAAAGACAUUUACUUAUUUGAAAAGACGUGCAAAUAUUGAACAAACAAAUUCAAUUAAGUAUUAAGCGAAAAAAAAAUGAAGUAAUAAAAAAAUAAAAAAUAAAAAAAAGAAGAAGAAGAAAAAAUAAUGAUCCAUCCACACAUAUAUAAAAUUAUUCGUAUUUCAAGGCUAAAAAUAUUAUUUUAUGAAGAUCAAAGGAUACGAUAGCGUAUGAAUAAUAAGAGAUAAUUAAUGGUUUCGUACAAAAGAAAUAUGAUCGUUUUGAUGUAUCAUGAAAAAAUAAAAAAAAAUGAAUUAAAAAAAAGAACAAGAAGACAUAGGAAAAAGAAAAAAAAAAUAUUAAAAAGAAAAUAAAAAAGAUCCAUUUGAUAAUUAUAUAAAUGAAAUCAAGCAAAAGUUCAUUAAUCAAUGCGACAAACGUCUUACGAAUUGUGACAUAGAAAAUGUCCUUGCACGUUCCUUUACAGAAAAAAAAAGAAAAGAAAAAGAGAGAGAGAGAGAGAGAGAGAAAAAAAGUACGAAGAACGUGAUUAUGUUCUUAGAAAGAGAGAGAAAGAGAGUAAUUAUCUUACGGUUAUGUCGUCACAGAUUACGCCACUGGAUAAUUAUAAAGUUACGGUACGUCUUCGGAACGCAAAACAAACUCGACAUUUAUCAAUUAUACUUUCGAUUUGGAAUAACCAUAGAAAUAAAUAAUCCCAAACGAAUUUAACGUACGCUACAAAAAACAAAAAAAAAAAAAAAAAAAAAAAAAAAAGAAAUAAAAAAAUUCAUCGCACAUAUUCUCCUUCGAUAAUUAGAAUAGAUAAAAAAUAUUUUCUUCGGAAUCAUUUCACGUCUAUCGGUUGAACGUGAAAAAUUAGUAAUGACACACAAUUUAUGAACCGUGAAGAAAGAAAAGAUGAAGGAUGAAAAGAAAAAAAAAAAAAUAAAUAAAUAAAUAAAUGAAGAAGAAAAAAAAAACAGAACUAUAGAAAAAGAAAUAUAAGUGUUUGAAGUUUCAUAGAGAAAUUCCGUUAGUGUUUCUCCACGCUUAGGUGAACAGGAAGGGGACAAUAUCGUGAUGUCCCCGUUGAUAAAGGAUGAUUAAGGAAAAAAAGAAAAAAAAAAGAAAAAAGGAAAAAGAAAACAAGAAAAUAAAACAGAAAAAAAACAAAAAAUAAUUUGUAAAAUGUAUCGAAGUAUAUGCGAGGUAAAACGAAAAAAAAAUAAAACAAAAAAAAAAAAGAAAGUAGAAUACGUAUACACAACAAUUUUAAGAAUGGAAGAAGGAAAAAAGGUGAAGUUUAAAGGAGAGAAGUAUAAAAGGAUUUUGGCGUGUGCCAUAAUGCGUCUGGGUGGUUACGCUUCACGCUUCGAUGAUGCCUGUCCCUUCCUCUUUUCGCUUGCGGUCUAUCCGUCCCGGAAAAGAGUAUCUCUCGGUUCCACGAUUCAGUUUUGCCGCGACAUAAUACGAAUCGGGUCGGUUCGUCCACCGAUCGUUCAAUUUGCUCAAUUUAAUCGAAGAAGAACGAAAGAGAAAGAAAGAAAAAAAAAGAAAAAAAAAAAAUCCUUCUAGGACAUCAAAGGCUAUAUUUCGAUAGAACGGGCUUCAACGGGCAUACGUGAUAAUAUCAUACGUAUACCAUAUAUGUUAUAAGUCGAACGUAAAGA